UCCAGAUAGACUCACUCCAGAGAGAGUUUUAAAGCAAAAGCAAUAAAGGCUACAAAAGCAAAGGAAAUCAAAGUCCAAAAAUAUCACACACACACACACACACACAAAGUAACAUCAGUGCAAAAAGAAAAAGAAAAAAUCGAAAUGAAAAACUUAGCAAAUAUGGGGAGUGGUGUAUCAGCUUCAGGGGAUGAGAACGAUGAUGAAGAUAUUUCAAAAUCAGCUUUUGCGUCAUUUCAAGCAAGAGAAGAAGAAAUCGAGAAAAUGAAAAUGCAAGUCAAGGAAAAAGUUGAAAUGAAAUUAGGCCAAGCUGAAGAACAAACCAGACGCUUAGCUCAAGUUUGGGAAGAGCUUGAAGUUUUGACAGAUCCAAUGAGGAAAGAAGUGGCAUCAGUCCGAAAGAAGAUAGAUGUGGCUAACCGUGAGGUCAGAUCGCUCGGGCAAAGCUGCCAGAAGAAGGAGAAAGAGUAUAAAGAAGCAUUGGACACUUUUCAUCAAAAGAAUAACGAAAAAAACCAACUAACUGCCACAUUAGUCGAGUUGGUGAAAGAAAGUGAGAAUGUGAGGAUGAAGAAACUUGAGGAGCUCAGCAAGAACAUUGAUCCUUCAUGCUGAUUAUAUAUUAUUAUAUGGAUCGACUUACAAAUUUUUUUUUUUUUUUGUUUCAACGUUAAUGUUUUAUGUGUUGUAUGU